UCCAUUCCGUUCAAAAUUAACGAGCAGAGUGUCUCGGAAACAGGACGCACACAGAGUGAAAAGAGGAAGAAGAAGAAGAAGAAGAAGAAGAAGAAGAAGAAGAAAACUCCCUUUCUCGACGAUGGCCCUGCGCAAGAUGGUGGCUAGCCGUUUCUCCAACGUCGCCAAGAUCGCCUCCCCCGAGGCGAUACCUCCUCCCCGCCCCGCCACGUCGCUCCUCCGGAGGCUUCUCCCUGGAUCCGGCGCCGAUGAGCCUGGGCUCCUCCGCCAGUUCCUCCAGCGUCGGCCGUUCUUCCAUGCGGCAACUACGCCACCGGCCAGGCUCGCGCUUCCGGUCGGAGACGGGCUGAUGGACCGCAUCCGGGAGAUGAACGGUAGCCGGAUCCGACUGGAAGGGCUGCUUCCGCCGACGACGAAGAGGAUGGACGAUGCGGCAGUCUCGGUGGCGGAGGCGAGGAAGGUGGCGCGGGCGGCGCGGAUGGAGGUGGCGAGGGCGAGGUUGAGGGGGACAGGGAGGGCCUGCCUUUCCUACUCCGAGUUCUCGCAGGUGUGCGGGGAGGUGGCGGGGGGUAUGGAGGAGGGUGCGGGUCUGGGGAGAGCGUUGGACGAGUCCGGCGCCGUCAUCGUCUUGGGGGACAUCGUCUUCGUCCGCCCUGAAAUGGUGACCAAAGCAAUCGAGAGCAUGAUUCCACCGUCGCUAUCAUCCCAGAGCGAUCCACGAAGUAGAGAGUUGAAGGCGAUGGAGGAAAAGAAGGCGGAGAUCGACGUGAAGGCGGAGGCCCUCGUGAAGAGGGAGAUGUGGUGCGGGCUGGCCUUCCUGGCGCUGCAGACCGCCGGCUUCAUGCGACUCACCUUCUGGGAGCUGUCGUGGGACGUGAUGGAGCCCAUCUGCUUCUACGUCACCUCCCUCUACUUCAUGGCCGGCUACGCCUUCUUCCUUCGCACUUCAAGGGACCCCUCCUUCGAGGGCUUCUUCGAGAGCCGCCUCGCCGCCAAGCGGAAGCGGCUGAUGAAAGCCCGCAACUUCGACGUCAACCGGUUCAAUGAGCUCAGGAGAGACGGAGGAGCCUUCACUCUGUCACGCCCUGCAGAAGAGUGUUCUGCUUCGUCCUGGCCCUGCUGUGACUGUCAUGGACGCAGAAGCACCCUGAUUGGGGCUGCCCAUGAUGGAAAUAUCAUCGACUAAAUGGUGAAGUGCCUUGUAUAUUGGUAAUAGUCGUCGACGUACAUGAAGAGAAGCAUAAAUAUACCAUAGCAGGAUGAUGCUCAGUA